AUGGCGCCUUCUGAUGGUUCUCCAUCACCAGGCGUCGGGCCACCGAAGAGGUUGCGUAUCUACAAAUGGCCAACCUCGAUAAGAAAUGAUGAUGUAUCAAGCGUCAGUAGUCUGGAGAGCAAGAAGUCCGAUGAGGACGCCUCAAUCGCAAAAGAUGCCAGCGGAGAAAAAGAGGAAAAUGAGAACAUAUCUAGUGAGGAGACUUCGGCCACAGAAAGAGAAGGGGUAAAGGACGCAGCCGAUGAUGAAAAGACCAGCAAGAGAUCAGAUUUAAAAAAGAGCAAGGACUACAAGGACAAGAAAGUGAGACCAUCGAAAGAAGAGGGCGAGAAAAAAAAGGAUGAAGACGCCAAAUCCGUAGACACGGAUGCAGAAGAGGAUGAGAAGAGACCUGGAGAUCUGGUAGAUGUGAUUGCAGUCUGCGGUUUCAGAGGCUCUCGAUAUUUUGCAGACGAUAUUGGAAUACAUACUGAAUGGUCUAUGGAUCGUGUGGCAACCAAACAUCCUAACACUAGGAUAUCUGUUUAUGAGUAUAAUCCUUUCGGCGAUGACGAGAAUGUAUUCUCAAGAGAUGGCCUACGAGCUGAGGCUAUACGCUUCUUAGAAUCGAUUCUUGAGCUUGACCGUCCCCUGAAUACGAAUAUUGUAUUAGUUGGGCACGACAUUGGUGGCAUAAUUAUAAAAGAGGCGAUGAUACAAGCUGGGUUUGGCUCAAAUAAGUACAGAUCGCUUUUCCACGCAUUUGCGGGCAAUUUUUUCAUCGGCUGUCCUCAUACUGUUGUGGCCAAUAUGCCUCUGCAAGAUGGUCUUAUCAGGCUUGUCAAUGAACACAUUUGGACCGAUACUAUUUCUGGUGGUUUGACAGACCAUAUCUCCUACCUGAUCGCCGAGGUGAACCAGGACUUUUUAGAGACUCACCUUAGAAUGUUCCUCUCAAACAUCUUCGUUAGUUCAACUUUCAAGAAUAUAGAGGCCCAGAUCUUCAUUCAAUCCUCUACCAAUAAGUGGCUAUCUGGAGUGACUGGCACUCAACUGGACUACGAUGUUCGUCAUGCAGACCUUCCACGCGUUGCUGUCUUUGACAGCCCGUCUCUUCAGGGUAAAUCCCCAUUCAUGGACACUAAGGAGAUUCAAAUAAUGCAAUUCCAGUGUGCUCCACUGCUUACCCCGCAUGGAUGGGCACUUCACGAUCUCCCAACAACACCCGACACUCGUCUUUCCAUGAACGUUAGGGAUCCAGUAUUCUCGACCUGGUUCGAGGCCAAAGGUGUAUCAUACAUGAUCGUUCCCGCGAAAGUUCCUCGGUCAAGAAUGGCAACAAUAUUUGCCCAUAUCUUGAAGCAUUCGGGCGCCGACGUAUCGGUACAGCCAUUUCAAUUUGACGAACAUGAUUGUCGCUACAACUCUGUGGAAGCUAUGUUGCGCAUGUUCCUCGGUCAAAGUCGCCACAUGUACGGCCCUCGGCCAAAGGAUGUGCUCGAUCGUCAUAAAACUUACGAGGAGUUCCACGAACUCAACUUGGAAGACCUCUGGUAUCUCCUGGUCGGGGUUCUACGAGUUCCACCAAAUGACGUGGAAAAGUUUGUCUGGGUCAUCAAGGGGCUAAACGAAAACAUCACGUCGUAUUCGUGGCUGUUGACAAAGCUUGAAGAGUUGGCGAGACACACAGAGGUCAAUUUGAGGGUUCUUCUUUUCGCCUCGGUGGAUCUGGGACCCCUACGAGAUGCACCGAACGUUCAAAUCACAAACAAGAUACCGGUGAUAUGGGGACCAAGAGGAGGCCCGCCGCCGCCUCCACCACCUCCCUACACGCCGCCACCGUUUCCAUUCACGCCUCGUUCACCUCUAUUGAGUCCUAAACCACCUCUAUCCGAUGCUGCGUCGAUAAAGACUGCGACACGACAUGCUGGAUCUGCUGCCGAGGAGAACGACGCAGAGGAAAAAUCUGAAGCGGACGAGGGCGAUUCUGAUAAUGAUCAGAGUAGCCCCACACGCAGCCGCUCUAAUAGUAACGUCAGUGGAGCUUUAGAUAGCAAGCAUGUCGAAAACGCGUCUUCUUCAAAUUCAAUAUCUGGAGAGUCAGUAUCGGAGAGUUCGGCGUCUGAGAAGUCCGAAUCGAGGAGGAGCUCGUUUUCAGGACCUAAUGCACUACGUGGUCCUGCUGGAAGCCACAACAAUGCGAUACAAAGAGCUAUUCUGAGACUGACUCAAACGAGACCCGAUCUGCACAGUUCAAUUCCGCUCCUGAAACGAGUCCUAAAAGAAUCCGCUUCCAAUCGAGAACUGCGAGACAUGAUUCUUGAUUGGCUCACCUAUUCUGAUGUCAACGUCGAAACAUUAGAGAAAUAUUUGUCAGACACCCAAGUUUUCAAUGUAGAGAAACUCUUCCGUCUUGUUCUGACAACUCUCACGUUCGGCGCCGAGAAACACACCAUAUUCCACCUGCUACGUUUAGCCGUCCAUGCCUUCCGGCCCCUAAGUCUGCACGAGUUCAUUGAGCUUCUUCGGGAGUAUUUGCCUGUCCAAUUUGAAGCAAUCUCCAGGCAGCAGGAAUCAUAUUCGCCAAUAAUUCCAAUAUUGUUCAAGGGUAUCCUCAUUAUACGCCAGAACGAGGUGCGCGUGGGUCAUCCUUUCCUGGUAGAAUUUCUCCGCAAUGAAUUCACAACCGAGGCUGAGUUUUAUCCCGAUCAUGAAUCAACUAUGUCACUUGCGGAAGUACAUACUCAAAUUGCGAUAAUGUGCAUGAAACACCUUCAGGCUACAUCGAUAGAAACAUUACAGUUGAGGCACGCUCAGCCUAAUCAAGCGCCAGUGCCUGAGCCUCGGCGAGAUUUCCUAUGCUACGCAAUCAGAUACUGGCCUAAGCACGUGCAGAAGGCACAAGCAAACCAAAUAGCAGGUCCAGUUUCAAAGGCUUUUGACGAAUUACUCAAGAUCAAAGGCCUCCUCAAUGCCUGGGCCAAAGCAUAUUGGAGCCAUACAAGUAGGGUUGUUCCAGUAGACGAAUCUCGCGUCACAGCAUCCUUCAUCUUGGCAGAGUAUGGUCUAUCAGAGUUGCUCCAGAAGCACCUUGCUCAAUCCGAGGAAGGAGAUCAAGGAGAUCAAGGAGAUCAAGGAGAUCAAGGAGAGCAAGGAGAUCAAGGAGAGCAAGGAGAUCAAGGAGAGCAAACAGAGCAAGGAGACUCAACUACAUACGAUGCAGAAUUCAUGAGCGCUCUCGAGGCUGCGGCCAGGUACAAGCAAAAGGACAUUCUUCAGUCACUACUUUCAAGGUCAAAACCGCAGGACAAAGCGUACGACCAUGUCAUUAUAGCCUCCUUGGACUCAAAUGACGAAUCCAUGGCGACUGCAUUGCUGGAAAAGUGGAACACAAAAACUGACCGCAUGAACGAUCCAGUGGCGGUACUUAAACGAGCAGCGGUUUUAGGGAUGAAUUCUGUGGUAAACUUCAUCCUGACAAAUUUCAAGGAAGAUGUCACCCUGACCGCUCUGUUGGACACAUUCCCAUCUGCUGCUUCAAGCGGGAAACUGAGUUGUACGAAACUAGUGCUAGAGGCGUUCCAAGAUGCUGUCCUCACUGAAGAGCAGGAAACACAAGCGCGUCAAGGUUUGUUUGUAGCUUGCAUGGAGGGCCAUACAGAGGUGGCCGAAUUCCUCCUCGAUCGAGAGCUCGUAAGGCGAACAUACGGCGAGUUGCAAGCCGAGCAUUUCGAUUUCGACGGCAAGUGGAUGUUCCGCAGCGCCUUCGAUUACGCAAUCCUGAAUGGCCACCACGUUACGUUGAGACGUUUGCUUUACGCUUUUCAACGUCAUGAAAAGUAUCUUUCCGUUUUCGAUCGUCUUGCGCAGUUUGCAGCGUGGUUCGGACAAAAUGCAUGUUGCCAAGAGAUCUUCGACUUCCUCAAACAGACUACCCCAGACAUUAGGGAAGCAUGCAGAUUGCCCGACACAAGAGUAUCGAUUAUGGGAAGAAAGAAAACACUCGGGAUUUUCUUAGACGCGGGUUUCGAGCCGAGUUAUGAGACUGAGAAAUUCGUCCUCGGUUUGAAACCAAUCUGUCAAGUGUACACGGAUGCAGCAGUCAGCAUGAUCGAACUGCUUCUUUCGAGAACCGAAGGAAGAAUCGACAAAGAGCAAUAUCAGGAAGGUCUGGACCAAGGACUUCUCGUUUCUAUUGAUAGCGACAACUUCGAGAUUGCCUCAAUGCUUCUGGCCAAGGGCGCAAAUAUCGAAAGCCGAAAUGAAAACGGCCAGACGCCCCUAUUCAUAGCCUGCAUUCGAGGCCUUGAGUCUUUGGUAGAGAAGCUGCUAGAUGCCAAGGCCGACAUCAAUGCCCAAGAGAAGAACGACGAUCCCUGGGGAUGGUUUCCUAUUCAUGCAAGCUGGAGCAAUAUCAUGAACGUCCGCGCCAUGAUCAAAGCAGGCGCCGAUAUAAACACGAGAGCGAAGAGCGGCUCAACAAUCGCAAUGCUGGCCUGCGAGUGGAAAGACGAAGUACUUCUUCGGGAAGUGCUCUCGCAUGACCCAGACCUCACGAUUGUUGCUGACGAUGACAACACAGCGUUGUCUAUUGCUGUUUAUGGCGGCCAAUACCAACUUGCAAAACUGAUUCUCGAGACUGGGCUCAAUCCGUGCACAACGCCGAACCCCCACAAAUUGCUGUCUUACUGCGUCACUGAGUCAAGACUCGAUAUCUUGCAAUUGCUCGUGCCCUACAAGUUCGAUUUGGACGCUAAGAACCCUACCGACAAUACUGCUCUUAAUUUCAUUACGGUCGCUACUGAUAUUUCCAUCGUGAAGCUCCUCGUCAAUCUCGGUGCGAAUAUUCACACUAAGAAUUCCAUCAACGUUACGCCUCUACGAAAGGCAGUUAUGGCUCCAAAUUUCGAGGCUGUUCAAUUCCUGAUAUCGAGAGGUGCGGCCAUCAACAUCGAAUUUGAAACCGAAGGUACUGUUUUCCACGAAGCAUGUGCAGAUGGCAGACGCAUGAUGGUUGAGUUCCUACACGAAAAGGGUGCCAAUCCUAAUUGGGUUUCCAAAGGACUAUGGGGAACACCUUUCCAGGCAGCCUGCAUUCGUUUCAGAAGCGCACAGACAAACGCAAUCAUUGAUUACCUCUUGGAAAUAGACGCCGCGGAUAUCAAGAUAAAGAGCAGCCGGUGGGGUUCAAAUCUGAACACUGCCUGUGUUGCUACAAGCGUCGAAACGGUUCGGAAGCUGUUAGAUGCUGAAUCAAGCCUAGAACCAGCCCAGCGAGAAGCAAUCAUCAAAGGAGGUGAUGCGAUCGGGCGAAAGCCCAUACACUUCGCUUUGUAUAAUUCAAUCGAGCAUGUCGAGUUACUUCUCGCGCAUGGCGCCGAUCUAUACGCCAAAGAUGACAUGCUCAGGGGUCCAUUGCAUUUUGCAGUGGUGACGGGUUACCUAGAUCUAGUCAAGUGGCUGAUUGAGCGUGAUGACAGUCUCGUUCAUCAAGAAGACAUUGAUGGAUGGACACCGCUGUUAUGGUCCCUCAUGGAAGGCCAAGACGAGAGAUGGGGAAUGUGCACAAGUAGUUUCGAUCGCGGGAAAAUUAUCAAGGAGCUCAUCAGCAACGGUGCAGAUAUCAUGGUUCAAGGCAAAGGCACAGACAGAACCUGGACUCCAUAUGAGUUGGCGAAGUAUUAUGGUCGUGAUGAAGAGAUCAUCGACCUUGUACGACCAACUGUCGAGCAAAUAAGAAAGGCCAAAAAUAGAGGUUUCUGGCUAGAAACGAUGGAAAAAGACAUCAAGCCUGUAGUGCGGGAUGCGGAGAUGUAUUGCGAUGCUUGUAUAACGCGUGUAUUUGGCUCUUAUUGGGAGUGCGAAGAAUGUGCAGAGUUCGCACUUUGUUUCAAAUGCUACCGAAGCUCGGCUGAAAUACAUCCUGCUCAUAAGUUCAAGGAAGCUGGCGGUAGUGUGGCGUCAGAACAUGACGAAGGAUCGGAUACUGGUAAGCUUGAAGAUAUACCCGAAGAAGACGAACCCAACUCGGACGAUGCUACAAGUCAUGGCGGUGACGGAUCUUCAUCAAUAAGGGACGGAGAGAGCGAGAGUGUUGACUUUGACGAACCUUCGAGCAUCCUCUCGCCAGAGUCAGAAGCAUCGUACGAAUCCGACACUACCGAGGUCUGA